UUCCCUUUCAGCAUCUUCCCCGCGGUAACAUUCAAUCUCGGCUCGAAUGUUACCACAAAGCUCCAUCGCGAUUUCAACAACAUCAUCUUUGGCAUGUGCGCUAUCCACGCGCUUGGACGUUACGACCACACAAAAGGGGGUCACCUCAUCCUUUGGGAUUGGAAGAUCGUUAUCGAGUUCCCUCCCGGUACAACCAUACUCAUUCCUUCCGCCGCUGUUGCACACGGGAAUACACCCCUCCACGAUCCCAAGAACGAAGAGCGGAAAUCUUUCACUCAGUAUGUUCCCGGUGGGCUUGUUCGAUGGUUCUCGUAUGGGUACCGUACGGAGAAGGAGAUCAAGGAGCAGAAUCCAGCUGAGUGGCUAAGGAUUAAGGCUGAGGCAGAUGCGCGUUGGGAAACAGCCUGUGGGAUGUUCUCCAAGGUUUCGGAACUA